CAGGUGUCCUCCCAGGUAAAAGUCACUAGACACCCCCUGCUCCUAACCACUGGCUCUUCUUUCCUCUCUCCUCCGACUAGGGGUGGCCGCCAUGCUGGGGCAAAACCACACCUGCACAUCUGAAUUCACCCUCUUCGGCUUCUCCGCUUUCCCCCACCUGCAGCUGAUGCUCUUCCUGCUGCUCCUGCUCAUGUACCUGUUCACACUGCUGGGCAACCUACUCAUCAUGGCCACCGUCUGGAGUGAGCGUGGCCUCCACACGCCCAUGUAUCUCCUCCUGUGUGCCCUCUCCGUCUCCGAGAUCCUCUACACAGUGGCCAUAAUCCCGCGCAUGCUGGCUGACCUGCUGUCCACCACGCGCUCCAUCGCCUUCCUGGCCUGCGCCAGCCAGAUGUUCUUCUCCUUCACCUUCGGCUUCACUCACUCCUUCCUGCUCACCGUCAUGGGCUACGACCGCUACGUGGCCAUCUGCCACCCGCUGCGCUACAACGUGCUCAUGAGCCCGCGGGGCUGCGCCUGCCUGCUGGGCUGCUCCUGGGCUGGUGGCUCUGUCAUGGGGAUGGUGGUGACCACGGCCAUUUUCCACCUCUCCUUCUGUGGACCCAAUGAGAUCCACCAUUUCUUCUGCCAUGUGCCACCUCUGUUGAAGUUGGCCUGUGGCGAUGAUGUGCUGGUGGUGGCCCUGGGCGUGGGCUUGGUGUGUAUCAUGGCCCUGAUGGGCUGUUUGCUUCUCAUUCUCCUCUCCUAUGCCUUCAUUGUGGCCACUAUCUUGACGAUCCCUUCUGCUGGUCGGAACAAGGCCUUCUCCACCUGUGCCUCUCACCUCACAGUGGUGGUCGUGCACUAUGGCUUUGCCUCUGUCAUUUACCUGAAGCCCAAAGGUCCCCAGUCUCCAAAAGGAGACACCUUGAUGGGCAUCAUCUACACGGUCCUCACGCCCUUCCUCAGCCCCAUCAUCUUCAGCCUCAGGAACAAGGAGCUGAAGGUUGCCAUAAAGAAGACCUUCUUCACCAAAUUCUUUCCACAGAACUGCUGAAAUGGCUGGCUUUCGCUCAAGAGAUGUAGUGAAUGGGAACACUUCAGUCUUCUUCCUCUGUUUCUUCCCUCUUUCCUUCC